AAAUGGGAAGUUCGUAAUCGUAAUUCUUUUAAGGAUAUUGUCAAUAUAUUGCAGUAUAGCUAAAUUAAGACAUUAGUGUUACGUGCUCAGGAUUGAUUUCGGGGCCUAAAUAAGUCCUCACCGGCAUUGAUUCUACAUGCAGAUAUACAUAGCGACAUGGCCCUUGCUAAGAUCGUACGCAGUUUAAGGACUUUAUCGGUUAACAUGACCCGGCACAGUUUGUACUCGACAGCAGCAACGCGAUGCUCUGUAACGUCCUUAUAUGAAAAAAAUCAGGAAAUAUGUGAAUACGUUCCAUUAACUAGUCAUCCAUUUGGGCAAAGAUGCAUUAUAAAAAGAUCUGUACAUGAAAGCAGUCGUCCAGAGACCUCCAAUGAAACCGAAAAGAGACCUGAAGACUUGGAGAGAGUCUUCACUGUGCUCAAAAACACACUGCCCAAAUUGUUUGUGGAACCGCUUGAUUAUUCGAUUUACAGUCCGAACCUUAUUUUUCAAAACAACAUCACUGGCAAGCACACAGUGGGACUCUACCACUAUGUCAAACAAAUUGCUAUAUUACGGACCGUUGGUCAUCUAAAGUAUGCCUAUGUGAAAUUUGAAAUAUUAAAAAUUACGAAGCAUCCUGAAGACUACACAGUGCGCAUAAGAUGGCGAGUGCGAGGCAUAUCUGGUCUAAAAGUAAUGUUUCAAUUUUGGAAAUACAAAAUCUGGGAACUGAAACAAGUUUUAGAUGACCAAGAAGCUUGGUAUGAUGGCUUUUCCGUCUGCUACCUAGGCUCCGACGGCCUAAUCAGCAAACACAUCGUCGACAAAGUCAUGCCAGAUGAGAGUCGCGAGGCAGUGGACAACAGCUCCUCCACAACGUUGCCAACUGGAUCCUUGGCCGCAACUGCUUCCCAAAAGAUACAUUUUCAGUCAUUGCUUAGUAAUAAUAAUUAAUUUAUUUAUUAGAUUCGCAUAAUUAAAUCCACUCUGCGUUUCUGUUAAUAUGGCCAGUCUUGUUAAAGGAA